CGGAAGACAGCACGGACUACGUGUCAGGAAAAAGAACGAACGGGCGAAGGAGAACAGGCCGUCAGACUUGUUCUUCCUGGACAGUCUCAUCUAUGCUUUUUGCGCACUCUGUGGAAUUAUUAUUUUAACAGGAGGAUUGCAAAUACAACCGCCAAGUGACAAUGUUAACUAAAUUUGAAACGAAGUCGGCCCGUGUAAAAGGUCUAAGUUUCCAUCCCAAAAGACCAUGGGUUCUUGCAAGUUUGCACAACGGUGUCAUCCAGCUGUGGGAUUAUCGGAUGUGCACCCUGAUCGACAAGUUCGAUGAGCAUGACGGUCCCGUCAGAGGAAUCGAUUUCCACAAACAGCAGCCUCUGUUUGUGUCUGGAGGUGAUGAUUACAAAAUUAAGGUGUGGAACUACAAGCUGAGGCGCUGCCUCUUCACUCUCCUUGGACACCUUGACUACAUCCGAACCACCUUCUUCCACCAUGAGUACCCCUGGAUUUUGAGUGCCUCGGAUGACCAGACCAUACGCAUCUGGAACUGGCAGUCUAGGACCUGCGUCUGUGUCUUGACCGGCCAUAAUCACUACGUGAUGUGCGCCCAGUUCCAUCCAUCUGAGGACCUGGUGGUGUCAGCCAGUCUGGACCAGACUGUACGAGUGUGGGAUAUCUCUGGUCUGAGGAAGAAGAAUUUGUCUCCUGGUGCUGUAGAGACUGACGUGCGUGGCAUCAGUGGUGUUGACUUAUUUGGUGCCUCCGAUGCCAUCGUCAAGCAUGUUCUUGAGGGCCACGACCGUGGAGUCAACUGGGCUGCUUUCCACCCCACUAUGCCUCUCAUCGUGUCUGGAGCUGACGACAGGCAGGUUAAAAUCUGGAGAAUGAAUGAAUCCAAGGCCUGGGAGCUAGAUACCUGCCGUGGUCACUACAACAACGUGUCAUGUGCCGUCUUCCACCCACGCCAGGAACUCAUCCUGUCCAACUCUGAGGACAAGAGUAUUCGGGUGUGGGACAUGUCCAAGAGAACUGGAGUGCAGACUUUCCGUCGAGAUCAUGAUCGUUUCUGGGUUCUGGGCGCUCAUCCAAAUCUCAACCUGUUUGCUGCAGGUCACGACAGCGGCAUGAUCGUGUUUAAGCUGGAGCGUGAGCGUCCGGCGUACGCUGUGCAUGGGAACAUGUUAUACUACGUUAAGGAUCGCUUCCUCCGCCAGCUGGAUUUUAACAGCAGCAAAGACACUGCUGUCAUGCAGCUACGCAGUGGCUCCAAGUUCCCAGUGUUCAGCAUGUCAUACAAUCCUGCUGAGAACGCCGUCCUGCUCUGCAAUAGGGCAACCAACCUGGAGAAUAGCACCUAUGACCUGUACUCUAUUCCUAAAGAAAGUGACUCUCAGAACCCUGAUGCACCUGAGGGGAAGAGGUCCUCCGGACUGACAGCAGUCUGGGUGGCCAGGAACAGAUUUGCUGUCCUGGACCGAAUGCACUCUCUGCUGAUCAAGAACCUGAAAAAUGAAAUAGUGAAGAAAAUCCAGGUUCCAAACUGUGAGGAAAUCUUCUACGCAGGGACAGGCUCACUGCUGCUGCGUGAUGCUGACGGCGUCACACUGUUCGAUGUGCAGCAGAAACGCUCCCUGGCCACUGUCAAGAUCGCCAAGGUCAAGUAUGUGGUGUGGAGUGCAGACACGAGCCACGUGGCCCUGCUGGCUAAACAUGCCAUCAUGAUCUGCAACCGUAAGUGGGAGAGUCUCUGCAGUAUUCAUGAAAACAUCCGAGUGAAGAGUGGAGCCUGGGACGAGAGUGGAGUCUUCAUCUACACCACCUCCAACCACAUCAAAUAUGCCCUCACCUCUGGGGAUCACGGCAUCAUCAGAACACUGGACCUGCCCAUUUACGUGACCCGUGUGAGAGGAAACAGUGUUUACUGCCUGGACAGAGAGUGCAGGCCACGCGUCCUCACCAUCGACCCAACAGAGUAUCGCUUCAAACUCGCACUUGUCAACCGUAAAUACGAUGAGGUGCUUCACAUGGUGCGUAAUGCCAAGCUGGUGGGUCAGUCUAUCAUUGCCUACCUGCAGAAGAAGGGUUACCCGGAGGUGGCGCUGCACUUUGUCAAAGAUGAGAAGACUCGCUUUAGUUUGGCGCUGGAGUGUGGCAACAUUGAGGUGGCGCUGGAGGCAGCAAAGGCCCUGGAUGAGCGCAGCUGCUGGGAGCGCCUGGGUGAGGCGGCACUGCUGCAGGGCCACCACCAGGUUGUGGAAAUGUGCUAUCAGAGGACUAAGAACUUUGACAAGCUCACCUUCCUUUACCUCAUCACUGGCAACCUGGCCAAGCUGCGCAAGAUGAUGAAGAUUGCUGAGAUCAGGAAGGACAUGAGCGGUCACUACCAGGCAGCGCUCUACCUGGGAGACGUCAGUGAGAGGGUCCGCAUUUUGAAGAACUGUGGACAGAAGUCUCUGGCGUACCUGACCGCAGCCACCCAUGGGCUCGAUGAAGAGGCUGAAUCACUUAAGGAGACAUUUGACCCAGAAGUGGAGACGGUGCCUGAGGUUGAUCCAAAUGCACAGCUGCUGCAGCCCCCUCCACCCAUCAACCCUCUGGACACCAACUGGCCACUGCUCACUGUAUCAAAGGGCUUCUUUGAAGGAGCCAUUGCAGCAAAAGGGAAGGCAGGACAAAUGGCUGCUGAUCUGGACAUGGAUGCUCCAGGAGGUGAAGGCUGGGGAGACGAUGCUGAACUCCAGCUGGAUGACGAUGGUUUCAUGGAUGCCCAGGAAGGAUUUGGGGAUGAUGGGAUGGGGAAAGAGGAGGGAGGAGGCUGGGAAGUGGAAGAAGAUCUGGACCUUCCUCCAGAGCUGGACAUACCAGCUGCAGGUGGAGCAGGAGAAGACGGUUUCUUUGUCCCACCAACCAAGGGCAUGAGUCCAACCCAGAUGUGGUGCAACAACUCCCAGCUGCCAGCAGACCACAUCCUGGCUGGCUCUUUCGAAACUGCCAUGAGACUGCUGCACGACCAAGUUGGAGUUGUGAACUUUGGCCCAUACAAGUCACUGUUCAUGCAGACGUUUUCGAGAGGGCGCACCUGUUACCUGGGGCUGCCGUCCCUACCCUGCCUGCGCAGCCAGCCCCAGAGGAACUGGAAGGACUGUGGAGCAAAGCAGGGCCUGCCUGCUGUGGGUUUGCGCCUCUCCGACCUCAUCUCUCGUCUACAGCAGUGCUACCAGCUGACCACUUCUGGCCGCUUUGAGGAAGCUGUUGAGCGCUUCAGAGCCAUCCUGCUCUCUGUGCCUCUGCUGGUGGUUGAUAACAAGCAGGAAAUUGCAGAGGCUCAGCAGCUGAUCACCAUUUGCAGAGAGUACAUAGUGGGUUUGACCAUGGAGACAGAGAGGAAGAAGCUGCCAAAAGACACUUUGGAGCAGCAGAAGAGGCUCUGUGAGAUGGCUGCGUAUUUCACCCAUUGUAAUCUCCAGCCCGUCCACAUGGUGCUGGUGUUGCGCACAGCUCUCAACCUCUUCUUCAAACUGCGUAACUUUAAGACCGCUGCCGGCUUUGCACGACGCCUGCUGGAGCUGGGACCAAAGCCAGAUGUUGCACAGCAGACUCGCAAGAUUUUGGCUGCCUGCGAGAAGAAUCUGACAGAUGCUCACCAGUUGAACUACGACCCUCACAAUCCAUUUGACCUGUGCGCUGCCUCUUUUGUCCCACUGUACCGUGGACGCCCUGUUGAGAAGUGCCCUCUGUCUGGAGCCUGCUACUGUCCUCCAUACAAAGGCCAGACCUGCAGGGUCACACAGGUGACAGAGGUUGGCAAGGAUGUGAUUGGUCUGCGUGUGAGUGCACUUCAGUUCCGUUGAAAGAACGUGGAGAUAAAAGAGCAAAACACAUCCACACAUGCUCUGGAGAAAUAAUAGUUAUUGACAUGAGAAAUUAAAGCAGAUAUAUGUGUGUUUGUUCACAGCAAUGUGCAAUUUCUUUCCAUUUCCGAUUACAUGCACCAGAAAGCUUUUAUCCUUGUAACCCACUCCUGCAUCCUCUCUGUGCUGUGGCUUUAUUAUCUCUGUUAACCUGACUCGUGUCUCUUUUCUGACUAGUAUAAGAUAAAACAAAAAUGAAAGUGAAAAACACUGCUCUGUGUAUCUGGGAAAGUAAAAUAAUAAAGAAAAAUCCCAUUCUCAAAU